AUGGGCAAACGACCCGAUGCCAUGUCAGUCAUUGAUCCACCAUUAAUUUUAGUCAAUGACCAUUUAUUAAGUUCAUUAUUAUGCAUAACAUUAGGCGGAAUGAUCGGAAAACAUUUUAAUUAUCAACCAGAACCGUAUCUUGUUGAAGUUCUGGAGAAAGAGAUGCGUUGUAAUCGUAUAUCUGGAUUAAGUUUAAGUUGGACAAAUGAUGUGUCUCUUACACUUUGCAUGUUGACCAGUUUAAUUUAUGAACAUGGUUUAAACUUAUAUCACGUCUAUCAGUCUUAUAAAAAUUGGUGGAUGAACGGUUUCAUGUCAUCAGUCGGUGUUGCUUAUUCACCACCAAUACCACUGAAAAAUAAACUUGAACAAUUUAGUAUACAAUUGGCGAUUAGUAAGGACCAAGACGAUUUGACGGUUCAACAACAUGGAAGAGAUGUACCAAUAGCAGUGCUGCUACGUCUAUCACCAGUGGCCUACUUCUACUACCGUUCAAUAAAUGAUGCUCGCUUUUACGUCGACAAAUGUGUGAAAGCCAUAUACAGUAAUGACAGUGAUGUAAGAGAUACAUGUCAAAAGUAUAUCGAAUUAUUAUGUCUAGCAUUACAAGGAAAGUCAAAGAAUGACUUAUUAUGCAUACUUCAAGUAGGAAAUGAACAACAACAGAAGCCUGAAAUUCUACAAGCAUUAGAAAAUGUUAUAUGGCUUUUAAAAAAUGAUGAAAACUCAUUUGAAUGUGGUGUGAGAAACGCAGUACAAAACUUUAAUAAUGCUCCUGAGACUAACGAAAAAUGGUCGAAUCCAUGUUAUCCAUCGAAUAUUGUUUUAUUACUCUACAUGCAAAUAGCUGGCGCUCUGUAUAAGAUCGAUCAAGUGCCUCAAAUGUGGAUGAAUGAUAUUUAUGCUAAAGACUUAUUAACUUGUCUCGCUAAAUGGAUCGAUUAUGAGGGUGAACAAUGGUGUAAUGAACACGGUCAUUCAUCCACUACUCACGAAACAUAA